AUGCGUCGAGAAGAAAGAACUAUGCUAAAGUUCAUUAAUAGGUCAUUUAAAAUCUCGCUAACUCAAGCAAAGGUCAAUCGAGGUAUCUACACCGUCAGUCAACAAAACGGAUACGCAUAGCAGAUAGCUAUCGGAGUUCUUCCCGGCAGAAUAUCUCCAAAUCUUCCUCAGCACUCUCAAAAACAGAGAGAAGGGGGGUAGAAUCGGAGUGCACCAUAUAUGGGACCCCCCGUCAGCAAAAUCCGAGGAAAUUUGAGAGUAAACUUUGUUAGCUGAUUUUGUGGAUAAGCCGAUUGACCAGUGUAUCAAAUAUAAAUAAUAAACUGAAAGUAUCUUACCUUUACGAGAUGACAGUUGUGCAGAAAUACGUUGGAAGUAGAAUAAAAAAGCGAUUUUAUCAUGAAAAGUUUAGAUCGGGAGAUCAUUGCUUCUAUUCCGAAGAUAACCGGAGGGUGAUUAGUUUUUCUGACUUUUCUAGGCGUUUCAAGUCUUUGCGACUUUGCAAAAAAUGCAAUUUCAAGGUGUAUUUGUCGGUUUAAGUUUAAUUUUUCAGCGAACUGCAUAGAAAGUUUGGGAAAGCUCCGUCGCCCACGUCGGUGCGGUUUUGGCAGAAGUUUGUGGCGGUUCACGGAGGUGACAGGACUCCAGAAGACCUCGCUCAACAGUUUUUUUUUUCUUUGCCCUGCUGACCUCUAACUUCCUCAGUUCCGAGAGGUACCUGCUUCCGCGACUGUACGAGGCAGACUUGCCUUUGUCGGACAUAUUGAAUAUUUAUGGAAAACUCGAUAUCAAAGUCGAUCCAACUGCUGUAAAGAAGUAGGGUGAAUGUCGUUUGUAUUACUCAGAGAUAUAUUUCAGAAUCGAGAAGAAGUUUUCCACAAAACUUCGAGUGCUUGACAAUCGCAUCCUGGGAGUUCAAUCAGAAAAUACCACUUUUGAAU